AUGUCCGCCCCCGAGCCACUACAACAAGUAGUGGUAGCGGAUAAUGAGAAGCUCCAGGCGCACGCCUCAAGCUCGAGAUCAACAUCCAACGACGAAGCCAAGGCCCCCAAAGUGGACGUGAAAAAGAAAAAAUGGUAUCGAAGACUCAAUCCUUUGCGAUUGCAGAAGACACCACCAGUCCCGACGGAGCGAUCUGUGUCACAUGAAUACGGUGCUUCAUUCUUCAGCAUCAUCACGUUCCAAUGGAUGUCGCCAUUGAUGAAGGUUGGGUAUCUGCGACCACUCGAGCUGCAAGAUAUCUGGACUGUGAAUCCGGACCGAACCGUUGAGGUAUUGUCUGGCCGACUAGACGCUGCGUUGGAAAAGCGCAACCAGAGUGGGGCCAAUCGUCCGCUGGUCUGGGCCUUGUACGACACAUUCCGAUUUGAAUUUCUGCUCGGCGGUAUUUGCCAGCUGUUCAGUUCGCUUUUGAUGGUCUUUGCGCCAUAUUUGACGAGGUAUUUGAUCGCUUUUGCGACGGAGGCUUAUGCCGCGCAACAUGCUGGCCAUGCGGCUCCUCAUAUCGGCCGUGGUAUGGGGUUUGUCGUUGGAAUUACCUGUAUGCAGGCGCUGCAGAGCUUGUGCACGAAUCAGUUCUUGUUUCGGGGCCAGAUGGUCGGUGGUCAGAUUCGCGCGGUUCUCAUUUCUCACAUUUUUAAUAAGGCUAUGAAGCUGUCUGGCCGUGCGAAGGCCGGCGGUCAAGCGACAUCCGAAGAAGUCAAGGCGCUAGAAGCCACCAAAGAUGCUCUUCUCAACCCCGAGGAGAAAAAUAAGAAGAAAUCUCAAGAGAAGGACAAGAAGAAGGCAAAGCCUGGUGCCGGGCUUACUGCACCGGAUGGAGUUGCUGGUGAUGGUCGGGGAUGGAACAAUGGCCGCAUUACCGCUCUCAUGAGCAUUGACGUGGAUCGAGUCAACCUGGCCAUGGGAAUGUUCCAUAUGAUCUGGACAGCACCUAUUUCUAUCAUUGUGACAUUAGUUCUUCUCUUAGUCAACCUUGGCUACAGUUGCUUAUCUGGUUACGCGCUGCUUGUAUUCGGCGUUCCAUUCUUGACUUUCGCCGUGAGAUCUCUGAUUGUGAGACGACGCAACAUCAACAAGAUCACCGACCAACGGGUUUCCUUAACCCAAGAAAUUCUGCAAGCUGUACGAUUUGUCAAGUUCUUCGGCUGGGAGAGCAGUUUUUUGGGCCGCCUGAAAGAAAUUCGCGGCCGGGAAAUUCGUUCCAUUCAGACUUUGCUGGCAAUUCGAAAUGCCAUUCUGUGCAUUUCAAUGUCUAUCCCGACGUUUGCUUCGAUGCUCGCUUUCAUUACCUACUCGCUCACAAACCACAACUUGGAUCCCGCACCAAUCUUCUCGUCACUGGCUCUCUUCAACUCUCUGCGCAUGCCGUUGAAUCUCCUUCCCCUAGUUAUCGGCCAAGUCACCGAUGCUUGGACGGCUUUCAAUCGGAUCCAGGAUUUCCUUCUUGCAGAAGAACAAAAGGAAGAUAUUGAGCGAGACGAGGGCAUGAAAAAUGCUAUUGAGAUGGAAAACGCCUCCUUCAUUUGGGAGCGUCUUCCGACAGACGAGAAAGAUGCAACCAAGGCCGAGAAGAAGGCAGCCGCACGCGAGCAAAAAGAAAAGUCAGCCUCCGGACAGGGCGACACAGCUAAAGAAACUGCCAUUGAGCCAUUCAAACUCAACAAUAUGACAUUCGAAGUUGGUCGAAAUGAGCUUCUCGCCGUGAUCGGAACAGUAGGCUGUGGCAAGAGCUCCUUGCUUUCAGCCUUGGCAGGUGACAUGCGUGUGACUGGUGGAACUGUCCGACUGAGCACCACACGUGCAUUCUGCCCGCAAUAUGCCUGGAUCCAGAACACAUCUGUGAAAAACAACAUUCUAUUUGGAAAAGAAUAUAACGAGUCAUGGUAUGAAAAAGUGAUUGAUGCAUGCGCCCUGAAGCCGGAUCUUGAAAUCCUCCCGAAUGGCGACCAAACUGAAAUCGGAGAGCGAGGUAUUACCGUCUCUGGCGGACAGAAGCAACGCCUGAACAUUGCCCGCGCAAUCUACUUCAAUGCAGAACUUGUUCUAAUGGAUGAUCCGCUGUCAGCCGUCGAUGCACACGUCGGCCGCCACAUCAUGGAUAAGGCUAUCUGUGGCCUACUCAAGGACCGCUGCCGAAUUUUGGCCACACAUCAGCUACACGUGCUCAGUCGAUGCGACCGGAUCAUUGUCAUGGACGAAGGGCGGAUCAAUGCUGUUGACACGUUUGAUAAUCUCAUGCGUGACAAUGAGGUCUUCAAGAGAUUGAUGUCCACUUCUCGACAGGACGAUAUGCAAGAGGAAGAGACCGAGGCUGUCGACGAAGUGGCCGAAGAAAAGGCGGAUGAGAUUGCAAGCCCCAAGAAGGCCGUUGCCGCAAAACCAGUCACUGCGUUGAUGCAGCAAGAAGAAAAGGCCACCUCCUCUGUCGGGUGGAGUGUAUGGAAGGCCUAUAUCCGAGCAUCCGGGAGCUAUUUCAACGCCCUUUCGGUGUUCAUCUUACUCGGUCUUGCAAAUGUUGCCAACAUUUGGACCAGUCUGUGGCUUUCCUACUGGACUUCUAACAAGUACCCGGCGCUUUCAAUGGGCCAGUACAUUGGAAUCUAUGCAGGACUGGGUGCGUCAUUCGUUCUCCUGAUGUUCCUCUUCUCAACCUACAUGACGACUUGUGGUACGAACGCCAGCAAGACUAUGCUUCAACGCGCCAUGACUCGUGUGCUUCGUGCACCCAUGAGCUUCUUUGAUACAACCCCACUCGGACGAAUCACCAAUCGCUUCUCGAGGGAUAUCCAGGUCAUGGAUAAUGAGCUUUCGGACGCCAUGCGAAUUUACGCUCUAACGAUGACUAUGAUUAUUUCCAUCAUGAUCUUAAUUAUCGUGUUCUUCUACUAUUUUGUCAUCGCGCUUGUCCCCCUGUUUAUUCUGUUCCUGCUAGCUUCAAACUACUACAGAGCAUCCGCCCGUGAGAUGAAGCGCCACGAGGCCCUACUGCGAUCAACGGUUUAUGCCAAGUUCGGCGAAGCCAUUACCGGUGUUGCAUGCAUUCGAGCAUAUGGCGUGGAAAGUGAAUUCCGACGCAGCAUUCGCGACUCCAUUGAUGUGAUGAACGGGGCAUAUUUUCUGACUUUCUCCAACCAACGUUGGCUCAGCGUUCGCCUCGACGGUGUGGCUGUUGCAUUGGUUUUCGUGACUGGUGUUUUGGUGGUCACAUCUCGCUUCAAUGUCUCCCCCAGUAUCUCUGGGCUGGUCUUGUCUUACAUCCUGGCUAUCGCACAGAUGUUGCAGUUCACAGUCCGUCAGCUGGCCGAGGUUGAGAACAACAUGAACGCCACUGAACGAGUUCAUUACUAUGGCACCGAGCUAGAGGAAGAGGCGCCUUUGCACCAAACAGAGGUCGCAGCAAGCUGGCCCGAGAAGGGUUGCAUCGAAUUCAAAGAUACGGAGAUGCGGUAUCGUGCCGGCUUGCCGCUGGUCCUGAAGGGCCUCUCCAUGGACGUCCAAGGAGGGGAGCGGAUCGGUAUUGUUGGUCGCACGGGUGCUGGAAAGUCUAGUAUCAUGUCUGCACUUUUCCGCCUCACGGAGCUAUCGGGAGGUAGCAUCAAAAUCGAUGGCAUCGACAUUUCUACCGUCGGUCUCCACGACCUUCGAUCCCGCCUUGCCAUCAUUCCCCAAGACCCAGCCCUAUUCAAGGGCACCAUCCGAUCAAACCUGGACCCAUUCAACGAACAUAACGACUUGGAACUAUGGUCUGCACUCCGCAGCGCAUACCUAAUAGGCCAAGAGACAGAGGUCGAAGACGAGGACCCUUCUAGCGAGCCUCCCAGCGGAACCACCACCCCAGCGAUAGGUGAUGGCAAAUCACGCACGGCAACCAAGCUUACCCUCGAGUCGCCUGUUGACGAAGAGGGACUUAAUUUCUCCCUCGGCCAACGGCAACUGAUGGCGCUUGCGCGCGCGCUGGUUCGCAAGGCACGCAUCAUCGUCUGUGACGAAGCAACCUCUUCUGUUGACUUCGAGACGGACCAGAAGAUCCAGCGCACCAUGGCCCAGGGCUUUGAGGGAAAGACUUUGUUGUGUAUCGCGCAUCGCUUGCGUACGAUUAUUGGCUACGAUCGCAUCUGCGUCAUGGAUCAGGGUCAGAUCGCUGAGAUGGAUACGCCUGUCGCGCUGUGGGAUAAGCCGGACGGCAUCUUUCGUGCGAUGUGCGAUCGCAGUGGAAUAACGCGCGAGGACAUUCUCGGUUCGGAUUGA